AGUUUUUGUCUUCUCGUCCCAUUCGGAACUUCGCAGUUCUCAAACUCUCGAACAUCAUGAAGACGAUCGCAGUUUUCGCCGCCCUCGUGGCCGUCGCCCUGGCCGGUCCCCAGCGCAGGCAGGCCGGCAACCCAGCCGAGGUGGUCCUCGUGAAGGAGACGCCCUCCGACAACAUCGGUCUCGACGGCUACAGGUUCGCCUACGAGCUGAGCGACGGGUCGACCCGCGAGGAGUCCGCCCAGCUGGAGAACCGAGGACCCGAGGACUCCAUCCUCCGCGUCCAGGGAUCCUACAGCUGGUACAACCCCGAGGACGGCCAGACCUACACCAUCACCUACAUCGCCGACGAGAACGGUUUCCAGCCCCAGGGCGCCCAUCUGCCCACCCCUCCCUCCGCCUAGAUUUAAACAAGUUAUUUAUUUAAUAAAUUUGUUUUUUUAUACGAAAA